AUGUAGAAUUAAAAGUUGCAAUCUAGAAAAUAACUUUUGAUAUAAAAUCAGUUAUUGAAUGAGCUUAUUAAUUUUCAUAGGUUGAAUAAGUAUUAUAUUCAGUAAAAUUAUAUUAAUAUAAGUUGUACAAAUACGGGCUUUAUAUUAAUUAGACAAUCCUAAAAAUGAACAAAUUACAAAAUUAUUUUUAUCUCAUUCUUACAGAAUUGAAUUUAUGAACCUUAAUAAUUAAAUAAUGAAUACUAUUUGGCUUACUUGGAAAAUUUAGAUGAAUCUCAAAAAAGAGAUCAAAAAAAUUUGA